AUGAAAAGGUGCUUAUCGAUCCGAACAUGUAUCCCACCGCCGGCUCCAAGAAAGACAGGAAUUCAUCAGAAGCGGUAUUAUGCUAUCCAAUCAUCUGGAGCACCUGUGGUAGAAGUAUUUAACAGCAGGGUAAAAUGGAUGCAGAAGGAAAGGGCGGCGAAGGACGUUGUGACAAGUAGAAAGGUUGACUAUCUGCGAGACGAAGUUGCGUUUCGGUUAUGCGAACGCUUGCUGGACAUCCAGCGGCACUUUCCAAACGUCCUCGACCUCGGAGCCAAUGCUUGCAACAUUGCUCGCAUCCUCACACUACCCGACCCAGACCCGAAUUCCUCAAAGCCCGUUCACGCACCUCUUAAGAAUCGCAUCGGCAGUCUCGUAUGCGCUGAUAGCUCGCCAACUCUGCUAUAUCGUGACGAAAACGAACCGUUCAACAAAGAGAUACCCAUCAUUCGGCAGCUCCUUGACUCGGACGAGACGCUUCCGUUUGAGCCGAAUACUUUCGAUGCUGUACUCAGCUCACUAAGUCUUCAUUGGAUCAACGAUCUGCCAUCUGUACUGACGCAGAUCAACCACAUUUUGAAGCCAGACAGCCCAUUCUUAGGCGUCAUGCUUGGAGGAGAUACUUUAUAUGAGCUACGGACUUCUCUCCAGCUUGCAGAAUUGGAUCGACGAGGCGGCGUGUCAACCCACACGUCUCCUUUAGCAGACGUACGAGAUGUUGGCGGGCUUCUGCAAAGAGCCAAUUUCCAAUUGCUCACAGUCGACGUUGACGAUAUCAUAAUCGACUAUCCUGACAUGUUUGCUCUGAUGCAGGAUCUACAGGCCAUGGGAGAGUCAAACGCUGUUCUGGGCAGAGAGACUAGCGGCAUCCGACGAGAUGUGCUCGCAGCUGGUAAUGCUAUAUACAAGCAAUUGCACGGAAAUGAUGACGGCACAAUCCCUGCGACCUUCAGGUUGAUAUACAUGAUAGGAUGGAAGCAUUCGCCUACUCAGGCGAAGCCUCUGGAAAGAGGAACAGGCAUGUUCAGCAUCAAGGAUAUAUUGGAGAAGCAGGGUGGAAAUAUCAACUUUGGAGACGGAAACGGAGACGGAAACGGCAAUGAUAAAUCCUGA